CGUGUCAGUAGUUCUGUGGAGCUCCACACGCAGGUUCAACAGAUCUCUCACUCCUCACAGCGACUCAGCAGCGGCGAAAGGGGAACGUUUGGGGACACUUGACAGCUUUUAGAGACUGCUAUGACAUCUCGCAGGUGGUUCCACCCAAACAUCACUGGAAUUGAGGCAGAGCAGCUCUUGUUGACCCGGGGUGUCCACGGCAGUUUCCUGGCUCGGCCCAGCAAGAGCAAUCCGGGGGAUUUUACCCUCUCUGUCAGGCGAAAAGAUGAGGUGACCCACAUUAAGAUCCAGAACUCGGGCGACUACUAUGACCUGUACGGAGGUGAGAAGUUUGCCACGCUCGCUGAGCUGGUGCAGUAUUACACCGAACAGCAAGAUCUCCUGCGCGAGAGGAACGGCCAUGUCAUCGAGCUCAAGUACCCACUCAACUGCAAGGACCCCACCUCUGAGAGGUGGUACCAUGGGCACCUCUCUGGGCGAGAUGCAGAGAAACUGCUCACAGACAAAGGCAAAGCCGGUAGCUUCCUGGUACGGGAGAGCCAGAGUAAACCGGGCGAUUUUGUCCUCUCAGUUCUCACCAAUGAGGAGAAACAUGAGAACGUGGACCGCAAGACCAAGGUCACCCACGUUAUGAUACGCUACCAGCAGGAUGGUAAAUACGACGUAGGCGGUGGUGAGAGGUUCGACACCCUGGCUGACCUGGUGGAUCACUACAAGAAGAACCCUAUGGUGGAGAAAAGUGGCAUCGUAGUUCACCUUAAACAGCCCUUUAACGCCACGAGGAUAAAUGCAGCCAACAUUGAGAACCGGGUACGAGAGCUCAACAAAGUAGCUGACAACUCUGAGAAACCCAAACAAGGAUUCUGGGAAGAAUUUGAGGUACUUCAGCAGCAGGAGUGCAAGCUGCUAUAUCCCCGGAAAGAAGGCCAGAAGCCAGAAAACAAGAGUAAAAACAGAUACAAGAAUAUCCUCCCCUUUGACACAACUCGGGUUGAAAUCAGGGAAGCAGAUCCAGAUGUUCCUGGUUCAGACUACAUCAAUGCCAACUACAUCAGAAGUAUGCAUGAAGAAGGACGCCAUGUGGAGGAGGGCAAAGUCUUCAUCGCCACCCAAGGGUGCCUACAGAAUACAGUCAUUGACUUCUGGAAGAUGGUGUAUCAGGAGAAUACACACGUUAUCGUCAUGACCACAAAGGAAGUAGAGCGAGGACGGAACAAAUGUGUCCGUUACUGGCCCGACCUCCACGGCACUAAGGAGUUUGGGAUGGUGCUGUUAAGGAAUGUGGACGAGCAGCCAGCACAAGACUACAUCCUGAGGAAGUUGGAGGUGACCCGUCUGGACCGGAAGGAGCCACCGAGAUACAUCUGGCACUACCAGUACCUCAGUUGGCCGGACCAUGGGGUGCCCAAUGAGCCUGGCGGUGUCCUCUGGUUCCUAGAGGAAGUCAACCGCACACAGAGUACCAUUCCAGACACUGGACCCAUUGUCGUCCACUGCAGUGCAGGCAUCGGCAGGACAGGCACCAUUAUCGUCAUUGACAUCCUGAUUGACGUUAUUAACCGCCAAGGUCUCGAUUGUGACAUCGACAUCCCUAAGACCAUCCAGAGAGUACGGCAGCAGAGGUCGGGCAUGGUGCAGACAGAGGCUCAGUAUAAGUUCAUAUACAUGGCUGUGAAGCAGUAUAUAGACACGGCUCAGAAGAGACUGGAGGAGGAGCAGAGAAGUAAGAUGAAGGAGAGGGAAUAUUCCAAUAUCAAAUACCCCCAGAUGACCAACUCGAGGUCUAAACCCAACAUGGCAUCCUCACGCUCUUCUUCUGUGAUGACAAAUGAUUCGUCAAGUGUGUACGAGAACAUAAACUUUAAGAGCCCCCAGACAUCUUUCAGCAGUAACACCAGGAGGUAAAACCAUCACUGUAGACCUCCACAUCUCUGUCUGCGUCUCUUUUCAGCUGAGGUGUCACUUCGUCAGUGCCUGAAAAUCCCUUGUGGCAGGGGGGAGUGUGCUCUGACUACACCCCACAUCUGUGGACCCUGCCUGGGUUGAAGGUGGCAAUCUGACCUCUCUCCUGCUGCCGUCCUUCUGGACCUCUCUGUCUGGAGUCAAACCAUACCCUCCACGGAGAGGAGGACUCUACAGCAUAGUGCUCUCACUCAGGGCCCUUCUCCUCCCCCAUUUCUCCCCCCACUGCUCCAGCCUCUCCCUCUCUUAGAAGCGCAAGUGCCUUGUCACAGGAUGUGUCUGUGAUUUUGCAUCCCUAAAGCAUUACAUCAACAACAUUAAAUACUGUUACAUUACUGUCACUAUUUUCUAAACCCUGGAAACCCAAGUUGACGUGAGAAACGAGCAGGUUUUUUUUUUUCUUGGGGUGAAAGACUUUAGUCUGCCCCAGGGUGAACUGAACACAACCGUAUGGGACCCAAGAAGAGGUCAAAGCUAACCUGUUGGCCAGAAGUCACUCUAUUCACUAUCCCUCUUUCUCUGCCUUUGCUAGUUGUCAUUUGAACUCAAAUCUAAGACUGUUUUUGUGGUGUUCUGUCUCUCCAGCUGUGGUGGUUAUUAAUGUGGCUGCUGAGUGAUUGCAAGGGCAGUUACAUAACUUUCUACAGGAACCAGAGGCACAGGGAGGGCAACCAAGGUUGUUAGUUUUUUUUUAAUAUCGGCGAGAGGAAUCUAAAAGUUCUUUGUUUUCUUGAAGAUAUUUGUGUGUGUGUGUGUGUGUUGUGUGACCGGUGAGUGUAGUAGUACGUAAUUGUCCACAUUUGACAGGAAAGGAGUAGAGAGAAUUCCUGAAUAGGUGGUUGGAGUUCAGCUUGGCUGACAGCCGUCUCUCAGCUUUGUUUGACUGGCUGUACUCGUUAAUCAGCAGGUCUGAUGCAGUUCAACAUCUGUCGUCGCAGAUCGUCACAAGGAGACGAGGGAAAGGGGGCGAUUACAGUGGGCCAGAUGGCCAUCUGCCUGAGAUUGAAGAAUAGAUUUGCCUCCAAAAAGUAAUUUAGAAGAUGGCCAUAAUCCAGGCUUGAUGAUAGUGAGGCGAGUAAGCCAGUGUCAUUGAUGUGAUAAGAAAGACGGUGGUGCUGCGGAGCAAUGAGCCCUCUAUGAUGUCUGGCAGAUUGUUUCACUAUUUUUAGCCUCCAGGAUCAGCACCAAAAUAUCCUACUCAAAUACAAGACCAGAUAUACUGGUGAAAUCUGACCUAGCAUGUUUGGAAUGUAAUGACUUAGUGGUCUUGAAGACCUUAAAAAAUUAUAAUUGUAUAAAAAUUUAAAGCAUCAAAAUAAACCGUGAAUGAGCAGCACUUGUUGGUGGUGUUAAUGCUCUGACCAUUCCUCUUUCUCCACCAACCGAAAUUUUCAACUAACCAGGUCAAGGACACUAACAGGCUAGACUCACCUUGUUUUCUUCAGUAAUAAAUUGACGAGUUUCUGCAGCUGCAGCUUGUGAUUCUUAAGAAACAGGAUUUAAAAUACAGCAAAUUGUAAUCAAAAUGUACUGCAGUAAUAGUACUCCUUUCCUAUGGGGGAUGCAGGGGGGCUGGAGCCAAUCCCAGCUGAUACUGAGUAUAGUUAAUGGAUGGAUGGUAAUAGUACUCAUUGCACUGAAAAAAACUGUAAUUCGAUACUGUUGACCUUGUGGGGGAUAUUCAAAUAAAGUAACAGGGUAACCUGGAACAGCCAUAUCAUUGUCUGACAACAGAGUUCAAUCUUUUAAAGACGGCUAACAAGAGCACAGAGUCUCGGUAAGUUUUGAAACUUUGUCUGUGUAGUUAUUUCAGUCACUUGUCUGUCAGUGUGGAGAUUUUUCCUGGUAUAAAUUUGCCAAUACAUUUUAAUGGUUGACUCUUUAUGUGAAUAAAAGCUAUGUUUUAUGAUAUGAGUGGCAUUGAUGCCCUGUGUCAGUGAAGGCCUAUGUCUGUUAUAUUUGACCCACUUGAUGUACUUCAGUUGAAUUCAAACAAUCAAACGGGUUUGAAUCCCUUUGGUUUUUCCUUUUGGUCUUUCACUAUAUGAACUUUGAUCUUUGUCUGAUGAAUGAGAAAUUACUUUUGGGGUUUUGCUUCUGUGUUUCUGAACUAUCUUGCGCUGUGGAAAAAUUAGUUUUUGGUGUAUUUCACUUUGCCUCUUAUGGGUAUUUUUUAUGAUAUGGUCAAACAUCAAUACUUGAAAGUGUGAAACUGCUGAAUCUUUGGCCUCAGGCUUUGUGUGGAUGUCCACUGGCUGUGGAAGUAUUUUUGGUAGUGCACUAGAUUUUGCCAUCAGUGUUGUUUUUUUCUUGUUUUGUUUUUUGUUGUUUCAUUUUGCUGAUAUGUUUAAAUUGUAUUUCAAAUUGACUGUUUUAUCCAUUCUUGUAUUUUGUAUUGUGUCUGAAUUAUUAUUAUUAAUGUUAUUAUUAUUGGUGUAAUUUCACCAUCGAAACUAAGUAAAUUCUUUCUCUGAGUUGAACCAGUGUACAUUGAGGUAUGCAGUAGUAACACAGUAUUUUCUGCUUUUCUGCUUGUCCUCUUACAUUUACUUGAACAUGAUGUUGAUGUCUUUUUGUUUUGAUUCCUUGUUCCUCUGUUGGUCACAGUACGCCUGAAGUGAGUAGAGGUAUACUGAAUGCUCCCAUGCUGUCCGUUUGAGGCUCUUCCCCUUCCCUUUCCUCCUGUUGCACUGGCUGUGCCCAGACGCCUUUUUGCUGUACAGGCUACAACUGUUGAUGCAGUGAGCUGCCCGAGACGGCAUUAAAAUGGUUUAUUAUCAAAUAGUUCAAUAAAAUCUAUGAUGGCACUAUUUAAAGUUA